AUUUAACCAAAAGUUAGUGGGUCAGUGAGUUUACAACACAACACAACACACACAAAUGCUCUGUUUACAAUCCCUUCAUUCCUGUCAUCUCCUGUCCUUCAAACCCCCUUAGGUCACUAUUCCUCCAUUUCCAAACCUCACUCUGCUUCUGCUAAUUUUUUCCAGAAGACCCCACUUCUUCAAAACCCUCUCACUUCCUCCAAACCUGCCAAUUCUUGCUCUCUCUCAUUCCUCCAACCUACCACUUGUACAAAACAAAAACAUUAAGAACCAUUUAGAUUGUAAUUUGCAGCUAAAAUUUGUACCACCAACUUCCAUUACUCUAUAAGCAAUAGUUACACCAGUUUGUCUGUUCUUGAUCUCAGUCCAACCAUCUACUAUUUCUUGUCAAAACCCAUCAAAGCAGUUGAGCUGAACUUGCUCUCCAUCAACCACUUCCAAUCAUUUUGCAAAACUCAACCCAGUUUGUCAAAAUCUUGAUCUCACUCCACCAAGUGACCAAGCCACCAUUUUUAAUAAUCCAAACCCAUGAGACCCUAAGUUGAGCUAACUAGAAUAACCCACUUCAAAAUUCUUGCACUUUCUUUGUUUUCUCUACCAAUUUCUUGACCAUGAAGCUUGAAUGGACCCCUAUGCCAAUCCUGCUUUACCUUCUUUUCCUCCCAAUUAGCUUUUCCACGGCUUUCUCCCCAGCACCCAUGAACUGUACGGACACUACUCGCUUGUGCACAUCUUUUUUAGCAUUUAAGCCCGAAGCCAAUGAGACCCUUUCGGUGAUUCAGAGCAUGUUCGAUGUGUUACCUGAAGACGUGACGGUGGAAGGUGGUGAUGGGCGGGGCUAUGUGUUUAUAAAAAAGAACUGUUCUUGUGCUGAUGGGAUCAAGAAGUACUUGACCAACACAACGUUUACUGUGAGAUCAGGAGAUGGGUAUGUUUAUGACAUGGUUAUGGAGGCCUAUGGUGGGCUGACUUUUUUGCCCAACACGACUAGGCGGGCCAGAUACGGCGCCGUUGUAUCGUUGAGGCUGCUCUGUGGGUGUUCAAGUGGGUUGUGGAACUAUUUGAUGAGUUAUGUGAUGAGGGAUGGAGAUAGCAUUGAAUCUUUGGCUAGCCGGUUCGGGGUUAGUAUGGAUAGCAUUGAGAAAGUGAAUGGGAUUGAUAAUCCUGAUAAUGUGACUGUCGGUGCUGUAUAUUACAUACCUUUGAAUUCAGUUCCUGGUGAGCCUUAUUCUUUGGAGAGUAUUCCUCCUGCGCCUGUUCCUUCUCCACCCAUUGACAGUUCUUCAGCAAAUCAAGUGGAUCAUAAGGCGCAUGUGCCAUAUUUAUGGAUUGUAGGGAGUUUAGGAAUCGUUCUUGUUGUGAUAGUAUUAGGCAUACUUUUAUAUGUUUGCCUAAGGUCAUCAAAGUGCUUAACUGAAGAACGAAGAGGUCUCUCAAAAGAUCCUGAUGGCCAGAUUAGGUUUCAUAUUCUUGGGAAGCCAAGUUUCUGUUGUGGUUCAGGAAGGUACAUGUGUUGCAAGUCUGCAGAUUGGAAGCAAACCAAUGGGGAUUCUAGCAACCAGCAGAUAACUAUUCCCAAAGCUCUCGGCAGUCAUGUGCUUGACAUGGAGAAGCCUGUGGUUUUCACAUAUGAAGAAAUUUCUUCCUCAACAGACGGGUUCUCUGAUUCACGUCUUCUGGGGCAUGGAACAUAUGGUUCUGUGUAUUAUGGCCUCCUCCGUGAGCAGGAAGUUGCAAUUAAAAGAAUGACUGCUACAAAAACUAAAGAGUUUCUGGCAGAAAUAAAAGUUUUGUGCAAGGUUCAUCAUACAAAUCUGGUAGAAUUGAUUGGUUAUGCUGCAAGUGAUGAUGAGCUCUUCCUUAUAUAUGAAUAUGCCCAAAAAGGUUCACUUAAAAGUCAUUUGCAUGAUCCUCAGAACAAGGGUCAUACAUCACUUUCCUGGAUCAUGAGGGUCCAGAUUGCUCUUGAUGCUGCUAGAGGUCUCGAGUACAUCCAUGAACACACUAAAACUCAUUAUGUCCACCGCGACAUCAAGACAAGCAACAUCUUACUUGAUGGUACCUUCAGGGCAAAGAUUUCAGAUUUUGGGUUGGCAAAAAUUUUUGGUAAAACAAGUGAGGGAGAAGCUACGGUAACCAAAGUUGUUGGUACAUAUGGUUAUCUGGCUCCAGAAUACUUGAGUGAUGGCCGUGCUACUACCAAAAGUGAUAUUUAUGCUUUUGGAGUUGUUCUUUUUGAGCUUAUAUCGGGAAAGGAGGCUGUUAUACGAACUGAAGGCACAGCUGCAAAAAAUUCUGAAAGACGUUCACUGGUAUCUAUUAUGCAAACAGCUUUUAGGAGUGCACCGGACUCCAUGAGUAUGUCAAGCUUGAAAGAUUGCAUUGAUCCAAAUAUGAUGGACUUGUAUCCCCAUGAUUGUCUAUUCAAGGUGGCCAUGAUAGCGAAGCAAUGUGUAGAUGAUGACCCCAUCCUACGGCCUGACAUGAAAGGAAUCGUGAUUUCCCUGUCACAGAUCCUCCUAUCUUCAGUGGAGUGGGAAGCUACUCUUGCUGGGAACAGCCAGGUAUUCAGUGGCCUUGUUCAGGGAAGAUAGUGGAACAGCACCUUCCUUUUCAACCCGAUGCCUUCAAAGAUUUCAUUCUUUUGCCUUUCUUUUAUCUGUAUGCUGUGUAUAGUGGUAAGGUGGUAGUAUUUAUGCAUCAUCUUUUCUUUCUUCCAUUUUGGUUUGUUUCUCCUUUUCCCCCCCAUUUUAGAUGUUUUAUUCUUUGUAGUGUCAUUUGUGGGAAAUUUUUGAUUUAAUGUGAAAUAUUGUGACGGUGGAGCUGAGGAAGUGUUGUUUCCUUGCAAUACGAGUGAGCUUUCAGUAGCUUAAUUAUAUAUAUA